AAAAAAAGAAUACAUAGGUCCUUGUAUUUUAACAAGAAUUAUUUUGACUUUUUUAUAAACGUGAGUAGCUAUCUCUUGGUAUAUAAAAACCAAAAAAACUUGCUGUUGUUUUUAACACUAUGACAAACCAGAUGGUGUCUCGAUUCCGAGUCAAAAAGCUUUCACCAAAGCACCCACUCCCUGUAUACAAAGAAUAUCAGCUUCCUGACCUUUCUGACGCUGCCAACAUACAAAGAGCAGUACCUCAGAUAGAAACAGGUGUUGAAAAAGAAGAAGAAGAAGAGCAUGACCUACAAGCCGCUAUUUCUGCUGCUCAGGCUGCUGUUACCACUGGUGCCAAAGUAGAGAAAUAUAUUCCUACUCCUGAUGCUUCUCGUCUUAUUGAUGAAAAAGAGUAUGCUGCUCUUUACAAGAAGAAAUACAAGGAUCCUUCUACUCUUAUUCGGUUCUCGUCUACUGUGGAAGAUUGUAUUGGCUGUCCUUAUCUUAUGGAUGAGGAAGAUGAUGCUUUUCUACAAGAUUAUAACAAACAAUAUCCUGGCGAAAUAUUAUCUGAAGAUUUAUUUGAAAAUAUAAUGUGGGAGUUCGAGACAAUCACAAACCAACAAUGGCCACAUCUUGCUUUAGACCCACAAAUCCCUGAAUAUGAAGCAUUUUUACCAUAUGUGCCUGGUUACUCAAAGCUUAAGGGUUUUCCCAAUUUGCCUGUUGUUUACAAUCAUUGGAGUCAGCGUCGUCGAAAUCGUGCAGGAAAAUCGAUUGUACCCCAACUCAAAUUUGAGGAAUCCUUCAAAAAUGAGAUUGACCCUUAUGUGUGUUUCCGUAAAAGAGAAACAAAGCCAGUUCGUAAGACAAGACGUACAGACCAACAGUCCCUAGAACGUUUACGCAGACUUCGUUCGGAAAUGGAGAUGGCUCGCAAUCUAUUGGAAAUGGUAUUACGCCGUGAAAAGAUUCGCAAAGAAGGUCUUGUUUUAGAGCAUGCCGUGUUUGAAAAGAGACAUACUCUGUUUGAAUACCAACGUGUUCUAGGUAUUAAAGAAGACGAAGACUUGUUGCCAAAAAAGAAACAAAGGAUCUCUUUGGAGGGCUCUGGUGCCACCAUCAAGAUCCCACUUCACAAACUUAGAGGUAACGUUCGACUUGACAAGUCGCCUACUCAAAUUGCGAUUGAAGCCGAACUUGCUCGCAAAAAAGAAGCGGAUCUUCCCUAUGAAGACGUUACAGAGUCUGGACACCAGCCUUUUCCGUUGUCUAUACCUCAGCAAUUCUAUCAACCCCUUUCUGGUAAGACAAAGCCCAUGGGUCCUAAAUUUAGAAAGCGAAUGGGCCGAAAUGGCCGUGUCUUUAUUGAUCGUGUUGGGUUCUCGCCUACUUCUGAACAUGGCAGUGGUGGUAAGACAAGGCCUGGUUCUAGCGAUUUGCCAUCUUAUAACCGAUACCGAUUUGACUCAGACGUAAGCGAUGAAGAAGACCAUGGAGAUCAUAUAGAGCAAAUAGAUGAGAUGGAUAGUUUGUAUUUGAAGCAUAGAACCCAACUCUUGUCAGAAACUGAACUUCGCAAUCUUGUUACCGUGCCUUUUCUGACGCCCUUAAACAUGAUCAACUUAAGUCAGGCCAGAAAUGCUGCUACUGUUGCUAUGAAUAACAUAGAAGGUCGUGUACCAUCCACACCUAUCAAUCGUCAGCCACAAAUCUCUCCUCUUAUCAACAGUGCUACUGCUAUACCUAUGAAGCGUCAAAGUAGUGGUCGCACAAAAAUGACACCUCAACAGGCUGCUGUCGCUAUGGCUAAUGGUAUGCUUGCUGCCAACAUGGCUGCUGUUGUCAAUAAUUCACCUACUACAGGAAAAGCAGCAAUGCAAAUAGCAAUGGCUACAGCUCAACAACAACAGCAGCAUCAACAAUUAAGCAAUAGUAAGUAGGCAGUUAGUUUUAUGCAGCUCAACUAAAUCUCUCUAUAGCAAACAAGCCCAAUCCACCAUUAUCACUUCAUUUCUGAGGAAAAAAAUCAUUAUGCACAUACACUACAUACAUGUACAGAUUCCCUUUUGUAAAUUAUUAUAUACACUCAUAUACCAAAUAAAGAAUGAUCAGCUAUUUAUUUCAUAAAGUA